UACCAGUACCAUUCCUAACCUAACUUCGGUAUAGUCGAUUAUGAUAAAAGUAAUAUUUUCGUUUUUUUCUUUUUGUGAAAUAUAUAAUUUAUUUUAUCAAUAUUAAUAGCUUUAAAAAUUAGGCGAAGUACGCAAGAAUUUCAUUAAAAAUAAUUUAAUAUAAUCAAAAUUUUAAAUCGGAAUUAUUUGAACAAAAUAUUUAUUGAGUUUGUCUUUUUUUUACUAUGGAAGAGUUACUAGAAAUUAAUAACAAUGCAACCAACAAAUUUUCUCCAGUUAUAUCAAAAACAGGUUUAGUUCUGAUUUCUAUCACAGGUGGCAUCGGCGUAGGACUUACUGUAAUAUGCGUCCCAUUUAUUAGUCCUGCGAUAAGAAAAAUAUGUUUGCCUUACGUUCCUGCAACAAAUCAACAGUUGCAAAAUGUUUUGCAAGCUUUGCGAGGAAAAUCAGGAUCCGUCGUUGAUUUGGGAAGCGGCGAUGGUCGUUUGGUUUUAGCAGCCGCGAAGAACAAUUUUAGAGCUUAUGGUGUAGAGCUGAAUUUCUGGUUAGUAGCAUAUUCUAAACUUGUAGCUCGUCUUCAAGGAAUGUCUGCAAAAGCUGUAUUUUAUAGACAAGAUCUUUGGAAAUUCGAUUUAAGUAAAUACGACAAUGUUGUAUUAUUUGGAGUAGAAUCUAUGAUGGAACAAAUCGAAAAUAAAUUUAUUAAGGAAUUGAAAAAUGAUUGUACAAUCAUCGUUUGCCGAUUUCCUUUACCAAACUUAGUACCUGUUAGAACUAUUGGAUAUGGAAUAGAUCGAGUUUGGAUUUAUAAAUUAUCAUAAAUUUAAAAUUAUGUGAAUUCAACAAUAGUUUUACUAUUCAUAUUACACUGAGAUAAAAAAAAAAUUAUAUUCAAGUAAUUAUUUUUCUUGUAUCCAUAAAUACUCCAAGAAGUAAUUUUUUUAUAAAAUUAAAUUGAUAGAUAUUAUUUUAAGAAAACUUUUGCUUCACUUUAGUAAUAAAUUUCUAGAGGCAUCAAUUACGUAAAGCAAGCAAAUAUUUCUUCAAUUUAGUUGAUACGUUCUCAAAGUUAUUAGAAUUAAAAAUUUCAAUAAACCAAUUAUUUGGUUACAUGAAAAAAAAGCAUCGAAGAAAGACAUAAUUAAGAAUUAGAAAAAAAUUCUUGCACUAAGAAAAAAAUUUGUUUUUAUAACAAAAUGAAAUUUCUCAUUGAUAUUGAUAAAAAUAUAAAAUAUAUUAAUUUUUUCGAGAGCUACUUCUAUAAACUGUUAAAUAUUGAAAUAUUACUAAUUAGUUGUGUAAAUUAAUAUUAAAGAUGACAAAAAUUGAUGAAUAACUUAAGAGUUUAUUAAUAACAUGAUUUUUAAGCAGCUACCAUGGCUGCAUGUGCUAAAGCGUAGGCCAUAAGUCUCGCGUGAUCAGUCUAGGUUUGAAUCUUAGGUAGGGUCAAAUUCUUUAUUUAUAAAAAAAUGUUUGUUAUGGUAAAAAACUAUUUUAAACAACAUUAAAUAAAAAAAAAGCAUGUCUAAUAAUA